AUGGACAGCUUAUGCUCAUCAGGAGAAAAGGAUAAACAGUUUCCACCUACGUUGUUUACGCCUCGUACUCAACACCAAAUGGCAGCCAGAGUAAGUUCUGAGCAAGAGCACUUCCUGAUUGUACCUUUUGGACUUCUUUAUAGUGAGGUUUCUGCAUCCAGUUUGGUUAAAAUCAAUAUUCAAGGAGAUAUAGUUGAUCGUGGAAGCACUAACCUGGGAGUAAACCAAGCUGGUUUUACGUUGCACUCUGCAAUUUAUGCUGCUCGACCUGAUGUUAAAUGCAUUGUUCAUAUCCAUACACCAGCAGGGGCAGCGGUUUCUGCAAUGAAGUGUGGUCUCUUGCCAAUUUCACCAGAAGCACUCUCUCUUGGAGAAGUGGCCUAUCAUGACUACCAUGGUAUUCUGGUUGACGAUGAAGAAAAAGUGUUAAUUCAGAAAAACUUGGGACCUAAAAGCAAGGUCCUUAUUCUCAGAAACCAUGGCUUGGUAUCAGUUGGGGAGACCGUUGAAGAGGCUUUCUACUAUAUUCAUAAUCUAGUAGUUGCCUGUGAGAUUCAAGUACGUACCCUGGCCAGUGCAGGUGGGCCUGACAACUUAGUGCUGUUAGACCCUGGAAAAUACAAAGCCAAAUCUCGUUCUCCUGAGUCUCCAGCAGCUGAGGGUACUGUAUCCCAUCCAAAAUGGCAGAUUGGAGAGCAGGAGUUUGAAGCCCUUAUGCGAAUGCUUGAUAAUCUGGGUUACAGAACUGGCUACCCCUACCGAUGCCCUGCUCUGAGAGAGAGAUCUAAAAAAUACAGUGAUGUUGAGAUUCCUGCUAGUGUCACAGGUUACUCCUUUGCUAGUGAUGGUGACUCAGGCACUUGCUCCCCUCUCAGACACAGUUUUCAGAAACAGCAGCGAGAGAAGACAAGGUGGCUGAACUCUGGCCGAGGGGAUGAUGCUUCUGAAGAAGGGCAGAAUGGCAGCAGUCCCAAGUCGAAGACUAAGUGGACUAAAGAGGAUGGACAUAGAACUGCCACCUCUGCUGUCCCUAACCUGUUUGUUCCAUUGAACACUAACCCAAAGGAGGUCCAAGAAAUGAGGAACAAGAUCCGGGAGCAAAACUUACAGGAUAUUAAAACCGCUGGUCCUCAGUCACAGGUUCUUUGUGGGGUAGUAGUGGACAGGAGUCUUGUACAGGGAGAACUGGUGACUGCAUCGAAGGCAAUCAUUGAGAAGGAAUAUCAGCCACGAGUUAUAGUGAGCACAGCAGGACCAAACCCCUUCAAUAAACUCACUGAUCGAGAACUGGAAGAGUAUCGCAAAGAAGUGGAAAGGAAGCAGAAAGGUUCUGAAGAUAAGCUAUCAAAAUAUGGAGAGACUGUGGUAUUGAGACAGAAACCAGCUGGGAAGCCAAAUGUUUUACUUAAAAGUCAGAGCUACAGGGAGCAAAAUUCUUCUGGAAAAAAACCUCUGGAGUUGCAAAGCAGGUCAAAAACCUUUCAAGGAGCAGUGAAAGAAGCAGAUCUGAUGAUUUUGCAGAUUCAUGAAGGAUCAACGCUAUCUAAGUCUUUAGAUAAUUCUGAGUUCUCUGCUGCACAAGUUUCUUGUCAGACCAUGCAGCAAAUCAUCACAAAUCUUAAUCAGGAGGAGCCAGAUGAGCAGAAGUCUCCACACAAGGAAUUUCACACAGCAGUCAUCAAAGCAUUAAGCUCCAAUCCUGACCUUUUGGCUGAGGCCUCAGAACCUUCAGAAGAUGCCAGACAACAGAAAGAAAAGAGUGCUCCUGAUCAUACUUCAGCACGUACUCCUCCCAGCACACCAGUUAAGCUUGAAGAAGAGACACUGCAGGACCAGACUUACAAAGAUGACAGUGAUGCUGCAACUUUCAAGCAAACCCUCCCAGACCUCACCCCUGAUGAGCCUUCAGAAGCACUCGGCUUCCCAACCUUCGGAAAGGAGGAGGAGGAAGGUAGGUGCAGCGAAGAUCUGACCAAAAGUCAGACUGAGUCACCUGCAACAGAAAAUCAAGAGCCCCAGUCCCAACCUGCUGAAGAGGCAACAACACCAACAGCUGAGGAGGGGACAGCAGCUGAUCCAGGUAGUGAUGAAUCUCCAGGAAAAUCCCCAUCCAAAAAGAAAAAGAAGUUCCGCACUCCUUCCUUCCUGAAGAAGAACAAAAAGAAGAGUGACUCCUGAAGGCCUGAUGCGCUGCAGAAACACUGUCGUAUUUUAAAAUCUAAAUUCAUUAACCACUAGAAUGUACCAGAUUGUACUGAGUGUUUUGUCGUCUUAUGUAAAGGAAUGCAACAAAUAAACCAACCAGCCCCUCGAGUUAUAGCUUGAUUGUUUAAGGUUAUAACAGGAAAUUAACGUGCAGAAAGGUGCUAAACCUCUGUUCUCAGCAGCAAACCACAGAUUUGAUCCUUAAUUUGUAAACAAAAUUAAAUGGCUUCCAUGUGGAAGACAUUGAACCACUGUUUUUAAUUUAAAGCCCACACUGCUUUAUGUAUGAACACAAGUAUUUUUGACCAGGCCACGUUCACAGUGCAGUAUCUGCUCACUCCAGAACGUGCUCUUUUCCAAUGUUGUACUCACCAGUCACAAGUGGAUUCUUUUUUAAAUAUUGCAUUUUAGAGAGGAUGCUUGUUUGUUUGCAUUUUAGAGGGGGCACAUUCUUGAACUGAGCUGUAUGCUUCUGCAAUCUGUGAUUACAGAUCAUGUUAUAUAGUAAGGCUUUGAGACUAUCCUCACCUUACCCCUUCUGUCUUCUCCCUGCCACCCCCACUCCCCAAUAACAACAACAAUAAAAGCUGCCUUUAACCCAUAUUCUGUUUUGUGAUAUAGCUGGAACUUAAACUUAACCUUGUGAUGUCUAAGAGGACUGAACUGGUGAUGGUGUUUCCUGCUGAUACUGUGCAUUCAACUUUUCUAAUAAAUGCAAUAUUGUGAAAUCUAUCUUACGGCCCUCUUCCCCAACCAAAAUCAGAGACCAUCAGAAAUCACUUGCAUAGCAGUUUGGUCUUUAGAUACAGGUUGAAAACAAUUGUAUGUUAGACUUUUGGGACACUUUUAAUUGGUGAUCUAGGGCAUGGACAGUUUUGGAUUGGGUCUUCGGUGCAUAUUUCAUUGUUUUGAUAAAACUUCCCUGGGUGCAGAUGCAAAUCUGUUACAUAUAAGCCACAUUUGCAGGCUGGUAUCUUCACUCCCUCCCCUAAUAAAAAUGUAAACACAUUACACUGAACACUUAACAUAUGUUUUUAUAUUAACUCUUUUUCUUUUCACUUACUGUAGCUUGUAUUUCUUGCUUUGUGUUGCCAGCAGUAGUUAAGUCGGGAACAGAAAUCCCUCCCAGAGUCCUUAGAGGUGCAUUUACUACAGGUUUUCCAUAAGCAUUUAGCAUGUAGCAAAGUCAGGAAAAUCACUUUCACCUUUUAUUUGCCAUCCUCUUCUAGUUACGAUCAUGAUUCUCUCUCUUCACUGAGCACACACAGAGAUCCACCUUCAAAUGAUCUUUUUGAAAGCCAAAACAUCUUCAUUUGUUACCAUCGUGAACUUUCCAGAAACCUUAAUGAAUUCACCCCAGCUAUAAACCGAGAUGUUCCAAAUGUCAGUGUUCAAAUGACACAUUUCUAUUUGUAACAGCAGAAAACAUUCAAAGAUUUCUCCUUGGGGAAAAAAAGUUGGCUUACAUGCAAUGACUAUAACUAAAAUGAAAUUCAGUAAUGGAUGUAUCCUAUAAGAGUAUAUAAAAUACCUGUUUUAUAGUGAGAAAAAUAGCAGACAGUGAAUCCCUUGCAAUUUGUGCAGUAUGAAAGCAUUGAAUAGAACAGGUUCAGCUAUAGUGCAAAAAUAAAGCCUAUAUUAGGCCCUCAGAUGCAUUGAAAACUUGGACCAAAUUCAAGUGGUAAAAGGAAAACAAAAUUACAAGAUAUGACAAUAGCACUGUCAGGUGAGGAGGAAAAGGUUUAGUGUCAGUAAUUAACACACCACAAAUCUGACUUCUCUUUUGGAAUACAUAGAGGUAGGGUGGAAUUAGAUGCAACAGCAAAUCACUGCUUAAGAGUGACACCUAAACAAUAAUGUCUAGUAAGGACUGCAUGGCGCUAAUGGCUUUGAGCUUGUAUUCUAACCUUCUAUGUCCUCUGUAUACUAGGGAGCAUACAGUACUUAUCUUACUUUGCUAAAUUGUGUUUUAUUGCCAGGGUCAUAAUUACGUUACUAAGCCAUUGCUACAUGUUUCAGUUAAUAAUGGAGUCCUCCCUUUUAUCUUUGACCACAUAUGCAAUGAUUUUGAUUCUAAUUUUGUAGUUUGUUCUUUCAAUUCUUUGUAUUACACUAUGAAAUCCAGCUGUGUACAGUAUGGUUACACACGGUGGGGGGAAAAAACAGUCAUGUAUUUUUCUUUCUUUGUUGUAUCAAGUUUUACUCAAAUAAAAUUCUUCUUUAAAAGA